GUCGCCCUGCCUCCGCGUCCGACUGAGGAUGCCCUGACAGUUUAUUUUACCCCGCCCAAACAACAGUUACCAGGUACACUGAGACUGGAAGCCUGUCUUCUGGCAGGCCCCUGGCUUUUCUGUUCAUUCACUCAGUCCUGUGGGCAGAUUUCUACCUUGACCUGACUCAUCUCCCGCGCGCUUUCCUGCACCGCGGCCAUGGGCAAGCCUCCGGCAGCGAUUUUCAUUGUCCGACAUGGUGCGCGCUUAGAUGCUGCCAACAAGGAAUGGCACUUGACUUCCCCGACCCCAUAUGACCCUCCUUUGUCGUACGGUGGCUGGCUUCAGUCGCGCGCGCUUGGAGCGCGGAUAAUCAACGAGGUGCGGGCGUUGGAAGAUCAGUUGGAUAGACCCGCACAAGGAGACCAUGAUCCGAUCGCACACUCCCAUCGUCUUCGAGAACGAAAGCAGAAGCGUAGAAUCAUCAUACAUACCUCCCCUUUCCUCCGGUGCGUGCAGACGGCUAUCGCUAUAAGCUCCGGGAUCAGUCAGAACCAUAACGAUAUAGAAUCUCUUCGUCAAUCCAGAGUCGCAUCGAGCCAGUCGAAUGGUAUUCCUGCAUCCGAUUCGGCGACAAGUCCUGAACCGGAAACUCCUCAAGGCAGCUCCAGAUGCCUGCUUCGUGUCGAUGCUUGUCUUGGCGAGUGGCUGAAUACUGAAUAUUUCGAGAACAUAGCUCCUCCGCCUAAGUCAGAAAGAAUGGUUGCGAACGCAAAGACCGAGCUGCUACGUCGAGAUGAAAGCGUGAUUCCGAUAGCAGAUACCCAACCUACUCCGACCGUGGGCCACUUUCCUGGUGGUUGGGGCAGCCCAGUUUCCGCCCCGGAUGAAGAGGACCGGAAAUUUGAAGUCGAAUCAAGUUCAGCCACCACCAACGGGCCAGCACAACGAAAUCGUUCCGGUAGUUAUGAUUCUUUUAGGGCGGUAGAUACCCCGUGGGGCCGCAAAAUCUUGAAAAUAAACACUGAUGUUUCUUCCAACCCUGGCGCGGCAUAUGCACCGCCCGUCCCGAGUUAUGCGAUAUCGCCCUCAAAUCCUAUUCCAGACGGUUAUGUGACCCAUGCUCGUGACAACUGUGUCCUGGUUGAUUAUCAGUGGGACAGCAUGCGUGAGCCCCAGAACUGGGGCAGCGGGGGUGAAUAUGGGGAUGAAUGGAGUACCAUGCUCACCCGCUUCAGGAGCGGCAUCAACCGUAUCAUCUCGUGGUACCAGGAUGAUGAUGCUUCCGCACCGCUUGGUCACCGUCGGACUCGUUCACAGCUCCAAUUUUUGGGACAAAAUGAAGCAGAGGAAUCGGCGGUCGAUACUAUCUUGAUUCUUGUAACUCAUGGGGCGGGCUGCAACGCCUUAAUUGGCGCCCUGUCAGGAGAGCCAGCGCUGGUGAACGUCCCGACAGCUUCUCUCACUCUCGCUGUUCGUAAAGAUUACGUGAAGGAUUUGACGCGGAACGGCGAGCGGGCAAAGAAGUACGACUUGCUCAGUAGAACAUCGGGGCCCGAGCACUAUAACCUGGUCGAGGUAGCUUCAACAGACCAUCUGCGCCCCGGAACAAGCCCCAUUACUACCUCCGCCCGAUCACCUACCUCUCUCCGCUCUCCUUCGACAAGUAGUAUACCGACCUCGCCCAUUUCUUCGUAUCGGCACCGUUCGACAAUUUCCUCAGGCCCCAUUAUCAUGGGGCAGUCGCUGAAAGCAGGUAUGGGCUUACAAUCAUGGACAACGUCCAGACCCUCGUCGGGGCUUUGGAAAUCUGUUUCUCGCGACCGUGAUACAGUGGAUGAUCUGGUUCCCAAUUUCGGCAGUCCGCUCUCUGCAACAUCAUCAUCCUCCAUCUCUGGAAUGGAUGGGGCCAGUGAAAUUUCGUCACCGACUUCCGGUGAUUCCGCAUGCUCAGGACAAAUACCACAGCGAACUUUAUCUCAGCGUGGUCUUUGGCGAAGUGGGCCGCUAAACAAAGAGCGGUCGGCCCAUACAGGUCGACGGUGGACGGUAGCGGAGAGACCUCAUUGAUAUUUCUUUUGAUUCUCGAUCUGUCUCCCCAGGCUACUGUCGCGAUUUGCUCCUUUUUCCACUCCCCGUACACUCCACUGCAAGAGGAGUUUAUGUGACUUACGACAUUGAUGUGUUAUGAUUGGAGAUCUGGUAUUUUCCCGCAUUGAGUUGAACUGACGGUUUUUCGGAUUAUGGGUCAUCGCUCCCUUUGCAUAUCUUCUCAGCUCAGUUGUACAACAGCG